AUGCGCUGGCUGUCCAAUUCCUCCUUCGAUACUGAUAAUGCGCUUCUGCCACAGCUUCGUCACAGCAGUUCGGCGCAUCCGGGCUCACAGCAGUCUCACCACUCCUUACAACAACCUCGAUCAGCCGGACUUGUACAACCACAAAAGCCCGGCCCUGCGUCGCCUAUUCAACCCGCGACCUCGAUCCCCUCGGGCACAUAUUCCCACCGUCUAGGAAACGCUGUCCUACAGCCCCAGAGCCCGUACGGACCACCGUCGCAAGAACCAUCAUACUACACUACCCACCCGACUCCAUACACCACCUCGUCUGCCCCGAGGCAGUAUCCAUCUAGCGGUAAGUUUAGUUCAGUUGUAGGACCACCCGACCUCAUGGCAUCCACCGCUCAAAUGCAGAGACCAUACCCCCCCAUCUAUCAUACUCCUCAGUCCAGCUCACCGGCAUCGGUGGCAUCGCAACCACCGCACGACCAGCAUGGCCGCCACAUCUAUACACAGUCGCCCCAGAUGGCGCCGCAAAUGUACGGAUAUCCGCCGUACUCACCUAUGAACCCCGUCCAGUCCUCACCCUACGCCGCGCACCCGUCUCCUCAGCAAAACCCACUCACAACGCAAUCAAUGAUGAUGCCUCCUCAAACAACCUCGGCGCAGAUGCCGCCACACUCCUCCGCUUUGUCGACAAGUCCCAUCCUCAAGAUGGACUCGUCACAGCAACCCACUCCACCGCAACGAGCGAUGCUGAACCCGCCGCUCCCUGGGCCAGGCAACCCAGGAAUGCAGACCAACAACGCCCAUCAAAGCCCGCCACUAGGAACCAGCUCCAGCGCAGCGCCUGGACCCAUCCCCGCCACAACACCGCUGGUCGUGCGGCAGGACAGCAAUGGCGUGCAGUGGAUUGCCUUUGAAUACUCGCGCGACAGAAUCAAGAUGGAAUACACCAUUCGCUGUGACGUCGAGUCAGUGAACGUGGAUAACCUCAGCCAGGAGUUCAAGACAGAGAACUGCGUAUAUCCUCGGGCGUGCUGCAGCAAGGACCAAUACCGAGGUAACCGGUUGGUCUAUGAGACCGAGUGUAACGCAGUCGGGUGGGCGCUGGCUGAAUUGAACCCGGCCUUGCAAGGAAAGCGCGGACUCAUCCAGCGAGCCGUGGAUAGUUGGAGAAACAGCAACCAGGACCCUCGACUGCGCAGCCGGCGGGUUCGCAGACAGGCCAAGAUAAACCGACGGGCAUCAGCUCCACCCCCUGCUCCUCCACACAUGGCUGCUGCCAGUCCGGUUGCUCCUGGAAUCGGUGUUGGUGGUGGUCAUAUGGCGCCGCCGGCGCCUCGUCCGAGUCUUGGGUCUAUGUCCAUGGCCCAUCAACAUAUGCAUCACCAUCAUGCUCAUGCUCAAGCAGACGGAAACCCAAACCAUGAGGAAGUCAGCGGCACCGCAGAAUAUCCUACUGGUGCACCACGUUCAUCUAUUGACACAGGUCGUCUGUCGUCUGCAACCGAUCUCCGCCCCGCGCAGGUUUUCCACGGAUCUCCUAAUCCUCCAACAGCACCCAGCUCCAGUGUUGGGCCAUCGAUGCCGCCGCUCCACCGGGGAAACAGCAACGUCAACCCUCUGGGCCGACACAACCCCAUCGCGACUCCCAGUCGCGGCGCCGACACCGACACGGACGAGCAGAAUCCCACGCACGUUGAGCUCUUCGGCUCGCUGCCCGGCGGCAAGCGCCGCAAGUUCCUGCAGGUAGACGACCCGCAGCGCGGGGCGCGAGUGCGAGUCAAGAUCCUGCUAGACGAUGUCAAGAUGCACGAGAUUCCGGACUCGUACCGCCGCUCAAAUGCCGUCUACCCGCGCACCUACUUCCCCGUGCAGAUGAAAGACGCGCCGGGCCAGGUCGUUCCGGGGAACCGCUUCUUCCGCGAUGACGCCGAGCAGGCCAACGACACCGAGGCAACGACGAUCAGCCGGACGCUCGUACCUGCGCCGUCGCUAGACGGCGGCGAGCGCGAGGUCGCGGUGCCACAGCUCUCGCGGCGCAAGCACCGCAAGGAAGUUCUCCUCAAUGACCUUGGCUACCGCAUGAGCUGGAGCCAGAGCCGAGUGUUUGCGGGGCGCAUGCUAUUUUUGCAGCGAUCGUUGGACGCUUACCGCAACAAAAUGCGAAGUAGCAUGUUGGCCGCUGGGCAGGACCCGGCUACCAUCCCCGACCACUUUGAUACGCGACGUGGCAAGCGCCGGUUUCUCGAGCGCGCGGGCCGAAAUCUGGCGACUGAGUCUGGUGAGACCCACGGGUCGGCAGCGCAGCGAAGUGCGGAGGAGGUUGAGGGCUAG